AUGUACCACAAAAAAGAUUAAGUUGGAGAGUUGUAUCAGAUUUUGUCCUUAUCCAAAGAGGUUGAUGAAGUAGUCCUAUCUAUCCUCAUUUACAUAUUAAAAAAAGAGAGAAUUUAAGACUGCCUAGAAUUUCUCUCGUAAGAAUAAUAUCAAUUCCUUGUAGAAAUGAAAAGAUCAAAGGUCGAAAAUUUAUCUCUGCUUGAUAAAGAAUAGACUCUCAAUGGAGAGAAGAACAUUAAGAGAAUAAAGGAUGUCCUCAAAAAAAUUAGGGAUCAUGAAUUUAAUAAACAAAAUUACUCUACAGAUGAUUAUGAAGAAAUUAAAAAGGAUCUCAUUAUAAAAAUAUCUUGGGAUAAUAAAAUAAUAGAAUUUCUAUAAUUUUUGGUUCAUCUUACUGCAUUAGAUGACAUAUAUAUUUAGUGUGGAUCAAAUUCUCUUCAUUUGCUGGUGUUAAUGAAAGUUGAUUUAAAGGAAUCAUGUUUUGAGAAUAUAAGAAUCAGAAAUACUUCAAUUUUAGGAGCUAAUUUGGUAAGAUGUGACUUAAGUGGAUCAGUAUUGGACAAUGUCAUAAUUAGUGGAGUGAAUUUGAAUUAAGCCAAAUUAUUUAAUUGUAAGUGGAAGAAUUUAGGUAUAAAUGAAGGAAUUUAGUUGAAUGGUCAUAGUGGUCGUGUCAAUUUAGUUUGCUAUUCUCCAGAUGGUAAAUCAUUAGCUUCUUGUAGUGAUGAUCAUUCGAUUAUAUUGUGGGAUGCGAAAACAGGGAAAAUAAAGACAAUAAUUAGAGGAAAGGGGAUGGUAAAAUCAGUAUUCUUCUCACCUCAAAAUACUACUUUAGCUUUUAGCUAUGGAAUAUUUGUGUAUGUAUGGAGUCUUAAAACAGGAAAAUAAUUAUCUAGAUUAAAUGGUGAGCUCUCGGUGUGA